AGUGCCUCGCUUCCUCCCGUCACUAGAGCAACAACCUAUUAGGAUUUCAUUUUUUUAUAUUUUUUUUUUUCUGAAUUCGUGGGCUACUAUCGCCCUAGAGAUAAAGAGGGAGAAGAGAACCACCGCCAGACCAACUCCUGUCAUUUCCAGUAAGAAGUUGCACGCUUCACGUAGCUGCCUCUUGCUCUACUGAGAGGGGUAUGGGAAUUGCGUGCAGUGCAGAGUGGAAAAUACCCCCCGUCUAAAGAAGUGCACCGGAUUCUUUUUUUUUUUUUUCCCUUUUUUUCCUCUCGCUGUUUGUUUGGGUAGUUACGUGCGCGUUUAACACCCAAAGGAUCGUCGUUUAACGGGAAUAAAAUGUGGAGAGGAUGACUGACGGCAGAACUGGGAAUUUGUUCCCUGGAGUUGCUGCUUUGCCACCCCGAAGCAACACAUACCUCGAGGAGGAAGCGUUUGGCAGCUGCUAAUUUCUCCAAAACUGGUGGUUUACCAGAUGCAUUGUGCUGUAUCUGCUGGAACAGAUCACUGCUUAGCCGCAGCAGAUCCUCAAAGGUAGACGACCAACUGCUGUCUCCAAGUAAGAAAUGAGAUGUAAUGCAUCCUGCAGUCCAUGCAUGCCUUCUCUUGCAAAUUGCGCAUCAUUCUUCUCUGGAAACCUUUAAGUCCUAAAAUCCGGGCAAAGAGAAUAAAAACAUUAUCAUGGACCUGAGAAAUUUUUACCUGUUGGCUGCUUUGAUUGCCUGUUUGAGGCUGGAUUCUGCUAUAGCUCAAGAACUUAUUUACACUAUUAGAGAGGAGCUUCCUGAAAACAUACCCAUAGGGAACAUACCAAAGGACCUGAACAUUUCUCAUAUCAAUGCUGCCACGGGGACCAGUGCCAGCCUUGUCUACAGACUGGUGUCUAAAGCAGGGGAUGCGCCUUUGGUCAAAGUGUCCAGUAACACUGGGGAAAUCUUUACGACAUCUAAUAGAAUAGACAGAGAAAAACUUUGUGCUGGAGCUUCAUAUGCAGAAGAAAAUGAGUGUUUCUUUGAACUUGAAGUGGUGAUUCUCCCCAAUGACUUUUUUAGGCUGAUCAAAAUAAAAAUCAUUGUAAAGGAUACUAAUGACAAUGCACCUAUGUUUCCAUCUCCUGUCAUCAAUAUUUCCAUCCCAGAAAACACUCUGAUCAACAGUCGCUUUCCAAUCCCGUCAGCAACAGAUCCUGACACAGGUUUCAACGGUGUGCAGCACUAUGAGUUGUUAAAUGGGCAGAGUGUGUUUGGACUGGAUAUUGUAGAAACUCCAGAAGGAGAGAAAUGGCCUCAGCUGAUUGUGCAGCAGAACUUGGACAGAGAGCAAAAGGACACCUACGUGAUGAAAAUCAAAGUGGAAGAUGGAGGUACCCCUCAGAAAUCCAGCACAGCCAUCCUGCAAGUCACAGUAAGUGAUGUCAAUGAUAACAGGCCAGUGUUUAAAGAGAGUCAAGUAGAGGUUCACAUACCAGAGAAUGCCCCUGUAGGUACCUCUGUAAUUCAGCUUCAUGCUACUGAUGCAGAUAUAGGAAGCAAUGCAGAAAUCAGAUACAUUUUUGGUGCCCAAGUCGCCCCUGCAACCAAAAGAUUUUUUGCUUUAAACAACACCACAGGGCUGAUUACAGUUCAGAGGUCCUUAGAUCGAGAAGAGACUGCUAUUCACAAAGUGACAGUGCUGGCUAGUGAUGGUAGCUCUACACCAGCCCGGGCCACUGUUACCAUCAAUGUCACAGAUGUAAAUGAUAACCCUCCUAACAUAGACCUCAGGUACAUAAUAAGUCCCAUCAAUGGCACAGUGUACUUAUCUGAGAAAGAUCCCAUCAAUACAAAGAUUGCCCUAAUUACAGUUUCAGAUAAGGACACUGAUGUGAACGGCAAAGUGAUCUGUUUCAUUGAGAGAGAGGUCCCCUUCCACUUGAAGGCGGUUUACGACAACCAGUACUUAUUAGAGACCUCUUCCUUGUUGGACUAUGAGGGCACCAAAGAAUUCAGCUUUAAAAUUGUUGCUUCUGAUUCUGGCAAACCCAGUUUGAACCAGACUGCCCUGGUAAGAGUUAAACUGGAGGAUGAAAAUGACAAUCCUCCGAUUUUCAGCCAGCCUGUAAUUGAGUUGUCAGUUUCUGAAAACAAUCGGCGUGGUCUAUACUUAACAACUAUUAGUGCCACAGAUGAAGACAGUGGGAAAAAUGCAGACAUUGUGUAUCAGCUUGGCCCUAAUGCCUCCUUUUUUGAUCUGGAUCGAAAGACAGGAGUUUUGACAGCCUCCAGAGUUUUUGACAGAGAAGAGCAGGAGCGUUUCAUUUUCACUGUUACAGCCCGAGACAAUGGCACCCCUCCUUUGCAGAGUCAAGCAGCCGUAAUUGUUACUGUGUUGGACGAAAAUGACAACAGUCCCAAAUUUACUCAUAACCACUUCCAGUUUUUUGUAUCAGAGAACUUACCAAAGUACAGCACAGUGGGGGUGAUCACAGUGACUGAUGCAGAUGCUGGGGAAAAUAAAGCAGUGACCCUUUCCAUCCUGAAUGACAAUGAAAACUUUGUGCUGGAUCCAUACUCUGGAGUUAUAAAGUCCAAUGUUUCCUUUGAUCGAGAACAGCAGAGCUCCUACACUUUUGAUGUUAAGGCAGUGGAUGGAGGGCAACCUCCUCGCUCUUCUACAGCAAAAGUAACCAUAAAUGUCAUGGAUGUUAACGAUAACAGCCCUGUUGUCAUCUACCCACCUUCUAACACUUCUUUUAAGCUAGUGCCACUCUCAGCAAUUCCAGGAUCUGUGGUAGCUGAAGUCUUUGCUGUGGAUAUAGACACUGGCAUGAACGCUGAGCUUAAAUACACAAUUGUAAGUGGAAAUAACAAGGGUUUGUUUCGGAUUGAUCCAGUGACAGGUAAUAUCACUCUGGAAGAAAAACCGACUCCUAAUGAUGUGGGGCUGCAUCGCUUAGUUGUCAACAUAAGUGAUUUGGGUUAUCCCAAAUCCCUGCAUACUCUUGUGCUUGUGUUCUUGUACGUAAAUGAUACUGCUGGAAAUGCCUCUUAUAUUUAUGACUUGAUACGCAGGACUAUGGAAACACCUUUGGACCGGAAUAUAGGGGACAGUAGCCAACCCUACCAAAAUGAGGACUAUCUCACAAUCAUGAUUGCCAUUGUGGCGGGUGCCAUGGUUGUCAUAGUGGUGAUAUUUGUCACUGUUCUUGUUCGCUGUCGCCAUGCAUCCAGAUUCAAAGCCGCCCAGAGGAGCAAGCAAGGUGCUGAGUGGAUGUCUCCCAAUCAGGAGAACAAGCAAAACAAGAAAAAGAAAAGGAAGAAAAGGAAAUCUCCAAAGAGCUCUCUUUUGAACUUUGUGACCAUUGAGGAGUCCAAACCUGAUGAUGCAGUACAUGAACCUAUCAAUGGGACAAUAAGCCUUCCAGCGGAGCUGGAGGAGCAAAGUAUAGGAAGAUUUGAUUGGGGCACAGCACCACCAACAACCUUUAAGCCUAACAGUCCUGAUCUUGCCAAGCAUUACAAAUCUGCCUCUCCACAGUCUGCUUUUCAUCUCAAACCUGACACUCCAGUUUCAGUGAAAAAGCACCAUGUGAUUCAGGAACUCCCGUUGGACAACACCUUUGUUGGUGGUUGUGACACCCUUUCCAAACGCUCUUCCACUAGUUCAGAUCACUUCAGUGCCUCAGAGUGCAGUUCCCAAGGAGGCUUCAAGACAAAGGGCCCCUUACACACCAGACAGUGUUCUCCAUCCUCUCCCUGAGAGAGUCUGUCUGCUUCAACCCUGACUGCCUACAGUGCGCAACAGACUCCACCACCUUUCUUCACAAAGAAGAUUGCUUGCACAGAAAAAGGCUCCUCCAACUGCUUGGGACACCUUGCACAGAUGUAUACCCCUGCCUUGAACUCAGAAUGGACACUAAAAGAGAUCCUGAAUAUAUUGGUGGAAAUGUGAGCAGUCACCUGCAACUUAGACACUAUCUGUUUGGUAAAGGAACUAAAAGGACAACUUGAACUUCUUGUGAUACUGACAAAGUUUUAUCUGAAGGAAAUACAGUACUUUCCAUACCAUAGUCCACCUAACCCUAAACCAAACUAUUCUGGGUGGAAUAGAGGUUGAAAACAGGUAUCAAGUCUUUCUUUUUUGAAUGUGCUUAUCAAAAUGCUAGUAAAUCCUCUACAACUAAUACUGGAGCCUAAUAAAAUUUGAGGGCAGAACAUGGAAUCUAACCUAUGUCUAUCUGUGGACCAAUUAUACAUACAUAUAGUCAUGUACACAUAUAUUUCUGUCUGUCUAUAUGACUAUAUAUACUAUAUAUAUUCUUAUUUCUUGAGCAAGCUAUUUUGAUAUAGUCACAUAUAGGGGGCUGAAUUAUGACAAUGAAACUUGCCAUAGUAACCUUUUUUUCACCCAUAUCAACACAAAAAUUAUCAGUAUUAUAAUAAUAGCACAAUCAAAAAUAUAAGCAGAGUUUCUUAUUUAAAGAAAGAAUGGGAAGAAAACUUGGUGCUUUUCACUGAAUUUUAGAAGGUUCUAAAAUACCACAUUGCUCGUGCAGCAUAAGAAAGUGACAGGGAUAAAACAUAAAUUGUAAAGUCCCACCUAUUAAUCAACAUAAUGUUAUAUUAAUAACGCUUUUGCAUCAAAUAUAAGAACAGAAACUGUACUGUGUUCUACUUAGUAAAUUUAGAGGAGAAGAAACACGUAUACCAAAAAUAUGAGCUCACUGAAGUGAACAAUUCAAAGCUGAAUGCUUUUCAAAAUAUAUUUGCAAAAUAAGCAGCAACCUAAUAAAACGUUACGUGUGUAGAGUUUGCCAGCGGAAUCUAAGAAGAUGCCUUAGCAUUAAGUGAUUGAAGGCUGAGUUUUCCAGAAACAAUGCAUGUAGAAAAGAGUAAGAAUACUGUGCCUGCUGCUGGCUUCAUACCAAAACUAUCCAUGCUUUGCAUUUGCUGUGGGUCAAUAUACCUCUUGAAUGUGUGUGUAUUCAGAUAAUAUUAGAAGAUAAAUACAUACCUUUUUAAUGGUGCAUUGCCAUUUGGGAGAAUAUCAGAGAAUACUUAUCAACAUCUCUAGGAUGUUGUCAUUCAUUAAAUGAAACCUGUAGCCCACUUUAUUUCAUGUAAACCCACCAUGAUAAAAUGUAUCAAUAAAAAAGAAUUAAAAUGCUGUCUGAAAUAAAUCUGUAUCCUCAUAAUA